UUCUUUGUUGUUUUAUCGAGCAGUUGCCGGAAAAAAAAUCUCAUCGAAGAAUACCGUUUAGAAAAUCAGUGUUCCAUUCGCGUUUUCUGAUACUUCCUGUUCAACUUCACCUGAAAUCUCGAAAAGGUUUGUUGGGAGGAAAGAAGUUUGGAAUUUACUUCCUACAGAGAUGGCGGGAUAUUUCAAGGCUCUGAAAAGUGCCGUUGCGGGCAGCGAAGAAGCCCCGUAUGAAGUUAUUGGAAAGCAUCAGAAUUUUGAGGAACGAUCGUAUCCGGCAAUGAAGUGGGUCUGCACGAAGCGAAAAGCCAAAUCUAGGACCGAAGUUCAGAAAGACAUGUUUAUGACUUUGUUCGCGUACAUCAACGGUAAAAAUGAACCUAACGCCAAAAUCGACAUGACUGUUCCAGUUACUGUUCAUUAUGCUCCGUGCGAUGAGGAAAAGCCUGAAACUGCGGCUGAAAAUGGGGAAGUUGAAAAGCCGGCGAGUGAAGAAAAGGAAGAAUCGAAGGAAGACUCCGGCAAAGCCGAGGAUAAAUCCAAGAAGGAUUCUGGGAAAGAAGGCAAGAUGAACGAGUACACGAUGGGAUUUUAUAUCCCGAAGGCCUUGCAGGAAAAUCCACCAAAGCCUACAGAUCCGGAAGUAUUCAUCGAAGAGAGGCCUUCCAUGUCAAUUUUGACUAGGGAAGAGACUGCGGGACGGAUGAAGCGUCUCUGCGGGCCAGAUCUUGCCCGCAGGCCGAAUGUUGAGUUCGGUGAAGAGAAAAACGGGGCGCCGCCCGUGGAUGUUAAAGAUGAUUCACCUCGAACGAAUUGUGACGAGUUCCUAAUCGGCGCCGUUUUUGUGUAA